GUGUGCCUGUCCGUUCAGUCACUAACAUCUCAGAUCAGCCCCCUCGCAGGCUGCACCGCAAGACACGUCUGCCAAGUCCUCGCCACUACAACUGACGUGCAGCACGGUGCCAAGACAGGACAUUUACCAACCAGCACACAGCCACCACCACCACCACCAGCGCGCACUGUUGUUCCCUUCUGCUGUAAAAUGCAACAGUCGACUAUUCGGGAUAGAACCAGCGAUCAUUCAUGAGCAGCGUUGCAGCAAAACAAGAACAAACACCGGGGGACAGGAGCGGCGAGCGGCCGGAGAGCCUUGCACCAGUAGUUCCCACUGAAAGGCAGUGAUGUCACGCCAUCACCACCGCUUUGGGGACUACCGGGGACCCUGGGAGCGGAGAGACAUCCGUCCUUCUGGCCUUCACAAUGGAGGAGCCAGUCACAACAGUGCCUCUACUGUCGUCAAUGGCAACAACCGUCCGGGGCUCCUCCCACUCCCUGUCAUCCCCUCUCUCCUCCCCACACCAGUUACAGUUGCUGUGACAACAUCGAGUAGUGACAUUGCAGCCAAGAGGGGCAUCACAGCAGCAGGAUCAGUGACUCCGGUCUCGGCUAAGGUCUCGGGUGUGUCUCCUGUUGACAACCAGAGCCCAGGACUGCUGCUGGCUCCAGGGGUAAGGUGGGGACAGACGCCCAUUAACCAGCUCACACCUUGGGAUACAGAUGAGCCACCUGUCAAGCAGCAUCGAGACGGCGAGCCCAGCGGUCCAAACUGGGCUCCACCAGUAGCCGCUGUUGGCCAGUCCAGCCUCCUGCCCCACACCUACGCCCUCCCCCAGCCGCCCUCCUUUAACCACAGUGUAACCACACAGUCGCCCAUGAGAGGAGUGAACCCAUCCAUCCAGACGUCAGUUCCCCCACAGCACCCUCUCAUGACAGCCCACUUUCAGCUGACAACACAGUCAACCCAGCAGCCUCCCUCUAUGGUUCUGAGCAUGCCCAAUCAGUCUCUUUAUCCCUCUGCUCAGCCCAUUGUCACACCGUCCGCCCUCGCUGCUCAAGCCAACCAGGUGGUUCACCCAAACCCUCACAGUGUGAUCGGCAAUGGCCACAUAACCUCUCACCCUGGCCUCAUCCAGACCCCCACCCUACCUCUGACCAAUGGACAGGCAGCAGCUCAGAUUCCGCCUUCAGCUGCAGAAAACUUUGACUGUCCUAAUGGCCUUCAAAUGCUGCGGACAGUCGGGUCGGGGAAGUAUGAGUUUAGCGACCCGGGACACCCUAAAGAGAUGUUGAAGGAGCUGAACCAGCAGCGCAGAGCGAAAGAGUUUACAGACCUGAAAAUAAUAGUUGAUGGCAAAGAGUUUGAAGUCCACCAAAAUGUUCUAGCUUCCUGCAGCUUGUAUUUCAAGGACCUGGUGAAAAGGUCAUCCAAGGAGACGAGAAGCGGGGAGAUGCUGGAGCUGAACAUGAGCAACAUCAGUGCUGAAGUGCUGGAGCUGCUGCUUGAGUUUGUCUACACGGGAUCAUUGGUCAUCGACUCAGCCAACGCCAAGAUGCUUCUGGAGGCCGCCAACAAGUUCCAGUUCAACACCUUCUGUAAAGUCUGCAUCUCGUUCCUAGAAAAACAACUGACUGCAGCUAACUGUCUGGGAGUGCUGGCGAUGGCUGAAGCCAUGAGUUGUACAGAGCUCCAUAACAUGGCCAAAGCUUUUGCACUGCAGAACUUCCCUGAGGUGGCAGGACAGGAAGAGAUUCUGAGUGUGUCCAAUGAGGGUCUGGUGUCCUACCUGUCCAACGACAGUCUCAACACCAAGGCUGAGGAGCUGGUCUACGAGACGGUCAUCAAAUGGAUCAGACAAGAUCCAGACUCCAGAGUACAAAGUUUAUCAGAGCUUCUGGCGGUGGUGCGUCUUCCCUUCAUCCACCCGUCCUACCUGCUCAAUGUGGUGGAUAACGAGGAGCUGAUCAAAUCAUCAGAGGCAUGUCGGGAUCUGGUCAACGAGGCCAAACGCUAUCAUAUGCUGCCCCAUGCACGGCAGGAGAUGCAGACGCCCAGGACUCGGCCGAGGCUAUCUGCUGGUGUAGCAGAGGUGAUAGUUCUGGUGGGAGGGCGUCAGUCGAUCGGGAUGAACCAGCGCUCCCUGACAGCAGUCACCUGUUUCAACCCCCAGAACAGUAAGUGGUACCCGCUGGCCAGCCUGCCCUUCUACGACCGAGACUUCUUCAGUGUCAUCUCAGCUGGAGACAACAUCUACCUGUCAGGUGGCACAGAGAGUGGUGUGAUGGUGGCUGACGUUUGGUGCUACAUGUCUCUGCUUGAUAACUGGAAUCUGGUGUCCCGGAUGACGGUGGCUCGCAGCAGACACAACAGCCUUGUGUACGACGGAAAACUGUACACCAUCGGAGGACUGGGAGUAUCAGGGAACCUGGACCAUGUGGAGAGGUACGACACAAUCACCAACCAGUGGGAGACGGUCUCUCCUCUUCCUAAGCCGGUCCAUUCAGCAGCAGCCACAGUGUGUGGAGGGAAGGUCUACGUGUUCGGAGGCGUGAACGAGGCUGGCCGCUCUGCAGGUGUCCUCCAGUCCUACGUACCACAGAGCAACACCUGGAGCUUCAUUGAAUCACCUAUGAUAGAUAACAAAUACGCCCCUGCAGUGAGUCUAAACGGUUUGGUAUUCAUCCUGGGAGGAGCCUACGCUCGAGCCACCACCAUCUAUGAUCCAGACAAAGGCAACAUCAAGGCUGGUCCCAACAUGAAUCACUCUCGCCAGUUCUGCAGCGCUGUGGUCAUAGACGGGAAGAUCUUCACUACAGGAGGCAUCGUGAGCAGUGAGGGCCCCGCCCUCGGCAACAUGGAGACCCUUGACCCUUGCACCAACACAUGGACGCCCCUGCAGUCUCUGCCCUGUCCGCUCUUCAGACACGGCUGUGUGGUCAUCAAGAAGUACAUUCAGAGCGGCUGAGAUUGAGCGGGACAUGAACACACUGGGCUUGGUGCCAAACACCACUUGAGCUCUGGUUGUAGGUCAAUGUGUGACGGCAGCUUUGGGCUGGGGCUAGUCGGUCUGUGACCUCUAGACUUGACGCCAGCAUGCAUCCAACCUUUUUCCUGUCCCACUCUACAAAAAGCCCUGUGCAGAAUGUACUCAUGUUCAACUACUCAGCCAUGUCAGGUGACAAUGCCUAAACUCCAGGAAUGUACGUCUCAUGGUAGUAGAUCAUCCUCCAUCCAACAGGCACAGGGACCCUCUCAGUAAACUCCUUUUUGUUUUGUUUUAAAUAAAGUCCUCAUUCAUUUUAUUUGUCUGUCGAAACUCACAAACACCAUAUUUCUGCUCUCUGGUCAAGCGCAGUGAAAUUCAUCGUAAGGUAAGAUUUCGGUCAUGUUUGGAGAAUUACGUUAGACAGGUAAAGGUUUCACAGUCCGAUUGGGAGCAGAGUUUAUCUGGGUGAAUGAAGAGAUUUUAGUAUCAACGUCAGAUGAAGGGAGGCCUGUUUUCCUCUUUAUUGGAGGAUUUGAUAAGUCUCCUCACUAGUUGGGAAGUGAAGUUCCCUCAUGCAAUGUGGAUUUACGAGGUAAUUUAAAAAACAAAAUCUGAGCUCUGUAUUACCCAGUGUCUUUCAACCAAGUAAACCAUGGUUUAAUUACUAAAUAUGGGGAAACUAAAAUCUGGUUCCGGAGGGGUUUAAAGGGAGAUAAAAUCUGUAUUUUCUUCACGUGAUUCAAGCCAGAUUGAGAUUGUGACUGAUCUGCUUUCCUCCCCUCAGUUCACACUGCCUUGCUCUCUGGAACAAAGAUGAAAUGAUUUUGAGAGAGGGAGAAGGGAAUACAUCGACUUCAAGAUGGGCAGUUACUCCAGAAACAAAGCACAAUAACCACCUGUGACUGUUAUACAAGUUCUCUGUUUUAUGUAUGUCAUCACUUUCCCCAAACCGUCUUUUUGGUUUUCAUUGUGACCCAAAAAUUAGUUGGGUUUGUAUUCUGUAAAUAAAGGGAGGCAAAAUGUAUAUUUUAAAACCUGAAGGAAAUUCUGUAAAAUGUUUUUUAAAACCCUAAAGGAUAAUCUGUAUGAAUGUUUUUAGAAAAAAGGUUGAAUUUAAAAUGGUUUGUCUGUAAAUCUGUACUCAAAAAGGAAAAUUUAACAGUUGUUAUUGAAACCUAAUACAAAUACCAGAACAUGAA